AUGGCGGCGCUGACGGACGCUGAUGCUGCCUCUCUGUGUGGCGUCUCCACACCCUCUGGACCAAUCACAGCGCCUCCUGCUGCUGUAGCGUCCACACCCUCUGGACCAAUCACAGCGCCUCCUGCUGCUGUAGCGUCUCCACACCCUCUGGACCAAUCACAGCGCCUCCUGCUGCUCGUCCACACCCUCUGGACCAAUCACAGCGCCUCCUGCUGCUGUAGCGUCUCCACACCCUCUGGACCAAUCACAGCGCCUCCUGCUGCUGUAGCGUCUCCACACCCUCUGGACCAAUCACAGCGCCUCCUGCUGGACCAAUCAUCACAGCGCCUCCUGCUGCUCUCCACACCCUCUGGACCAAUCACAGCGCCUCCUGCUGCUGUAGCGUCCACACCCUCUGGACCAAUCACACAUCACAGCGCCUCCUGCUGCGUCCACACCCUCCUCCUCCUGCUGCUGUAG